AUGGAUCAUAAUCAAACAGUGUUUAAAGGCACUCCUCAGGUGUUCUCAUGGAACUGGACAUACCUUACCUGGGGCCAGCUUAUUGCCAUAAUCCUAACUACAACAUUCGUGUUCCGAGUGUACAUGCCGUCGUGGGAUGGAGUGACAGCACCUCUGGUCGGAUAUGGAUCCUGGGCUGAACCAGCGCUGUCGGUGCGGAUGCGUUUCGCCAAGGGGGCGUUGCAAAUGAUCAAUAAUGGAUAUGAAAAGUACAAAAACUCAAUGUACAAAGUAUUGAGAAAUGAUCGGGAUAUUCUUGUGUUGUCCAACAAGUAUGCUGAGGAGUUGCGCAAUCUGCCUUCUGAGCGAUUGAAUUCAAUCAAGGCUUUGGUCAGAAACUUUGGUGGACGAUACGGUGGUAUUGAGCUGCUGGUCGAAAGCGACAUUGGAACUCGAGCCAUCCAGACGAAAGUUACGCCAAAUUUAGCCAAACUGACUGAUGAUAUGCGAGAUGAACUGGAAUAUGCGCUCACUCAUGAUCUGCCUGUAAUGGAAGACUGGACAUCGAUCCCCCUUCUUCCCGUGAUGGUCAAGAUAAUUGCUCGUAUGUCGAAUCGAGCAUUUGUUGGAUUCCCAGUUUGCCGCAAUGAGAAAUGGCUGGAUGCCGCAGCUGGAUUCUCCCAUCAUGUCACCAUGGUGCAAAUGACAUUGAGAGCCUUUCCACCCUUCUUCAGACCAUUUCUGGAUUUCUUCCUGCCAUCCUCUUGGAAAUACCGAGCUUGCAUUCGCCAAGGGAAGAAGAUUCUAGCUCCAGAAAUCAGACAGCGACGAUUUAGGGAAACCACCGAUCCCAACUACGAAAAACCCCAGGAUCUCCUGCAAGCGAUGAUGGAUCUUUCAACGCCCGGACAAAAAGACAGUGAUCCUGAGGACCUUGCCUAUCGCCAGCUAGUGAUGAGUCUUGCGGCUGUUCACACCACAGGGUCCGCGUUGGCGCAGGUCAUCUUCGAUUUGGCGGCGAGGCCGGAAUAUUUUGAUAUCUUGCGAGAAGAGGUGAACCAAAUUGUGGCAGAGGAUGGAGAGGGAUGGGGAAAGCAGUCUUUGAAUAAAAUGCGGAAGAUGGAUAGUUUCUUCAGAGAAUCACAACGAUUCAAUCCCCCAAGCCUACUGAGCUUCCACCGAAUCGUCGACGACCCUGAAGGAAUCAAACUCCACGAUGGCAUCCAUCUUCCACAUAGAGCCCACAUCUGUCUCCCAUCCUACGCUAUCUCCAAGGAUCCAAACGUGAUCGAAAAUGCAGACGAAUUCGACGGCCUCCGAUACUAUCAUCUUCGUAAGAACCCCAAAGAAACGAUGAAACACCAACACGCCAUGACGGACAAGAACCAUAUGCAUUUUGGAUACGGCAAAUAUUCGUGCCCUGGUAGGUUCUUUGCAUCAAACGAGAUGAAGAUGAUUCUGGCCACGAUAUUGUUGCGGUAUGAGGCUAGGUAUCCGGAGGGAGCGUCGAGGCCAGCUAACAUGAAUAUUGACGAGUUUAUGUUUGUAUUUCCCGAGACACCAUUGCUGAUGAAGCGAAUGGGUUAG